AUGAAUGAGUCUAGUAUACAUGGAUACGAAAGCAGCGGUCAGACGUCUCCGGGGCUGGCUGGCCAAGCACCCGCGGCGCCGCACAAAUUCUCUCCGGAGGAAUUGCGUGUUCUCCAAGAGUGCAACAAUGAGAGUUUCUUCCAGCGCUCGUUACCUCUAGGCACACUUUUCGGCUUGGGCACAUUACUCGGUGUGCAACAAGGUCACUUCAAACCAAAUCCUCGGUUCGGGGCAUUUCCAAAGGUGACCUUAGCAGUGAUUGUGGGGUAUUUCCUGGGCAAGCUGUCGUACCAGCAAGCAUGUGCAGAGAAGCUUAUGGCGCUCCCGGGCAGCUACAUUGGGCAACUCCUCAGAGAAAGAAAGGAAGGCAAAUUCAGUUCAACUCGCGCUCCCGCCCCACCCACAAUGUUUGGCGCGUCUCCAGGCGACAUCUACUCUGACGCGGGCCCUGGGAACUCCCUUGACCUCGAUACAGAUAGGCCACUAUUUACUGAAGACACUUAUAACUCUAACUCUGACUACAGUAAGCCGUUAGAGCCUGAGCUGUCACCAGCAAGACCAGUCCUAUCGUAUGACGAGCUGCGCCGGCGCAACCGCGGCGAGUACAAUGAUGCAAGACAGGACCCAUACAAAUUGGACCCCAAUACUACACCAAUAGUGACCCGGCCCAGGCCCCAGCCAUCAUCGCCGUCGGUGAACACUAAUAAGUACGGAGACGAAAUGGAAUAG